GCAAAAAUUCCAAAUUUACACACAUAAAGCAUAUUGCACUAAUCCUAUUCUUUUGAUUAAUUAAGAUUUAGUAUUGGAUUAAAUGAUUCACAUAUAUUACUAAUCUAACAGAAUUUGGAGGCUCUGGUUUUCUGCAAAAUCACACUUCUCACAUUCAGUUUCAGAAAAAUCACAAUCUACACAAACACAUCAUAACAGAAAUAACAGAAUUUUCACUCCUCUCUCUCAUUUUCUCACAAGAAGUUCAUCAUACUUUUGGCUUCAAUUGAAAUUGCAGAAAUCUUUGAGAGAAUCUGGUUGCAUUUUCCCAUUCUGUAUUGGCUGUGAAUCUUCUGUUUGCAGGAAAAAGCUCAAGAAUCGUCCACAAUCGCAACCGUAGAAUCCAUCUGCAUCUCCUAUAACAGUGCAAGAACCUGUUCGAUCAGGAGAUUUUGGAGCUUCAAGAACAACUCCACGCACCUUCUACAGCGAUUUGUCAUAUCUGUUCAUGCGAAAUUGAAGCUCGACCGCGAACUCCAUUGCCGUCAUCAAGAAAAGGUACCUUUAGUUGCUCAAUUCCUUGCGAACUUUUGCUUUGCGUUGCUUAAGCAACUUGCAUUGAGGGACCCUUUGGAUCGAGAUCUUGGCUGAGAGACUUUCUAUUCAGAGAUGAGAAGACCCGGCUUGAAGGAUGAUGUUGCUUACAGUUUCUUUGACCCGGAUAUCAGUGUGCUGAAGGAUAUGAUAGCGUUGAUCACUCCUGACCAUGUGGGGUUGUUUCGUGCGGUGUAUGGGGGUAUUCUGAAGAUGGUUUUCAGGCUCAUGGACAGAGACAGGAGCGCCAUCCAUACUCUACUUCAGUUUUACGAUCCCGAGCUGAGAUGUUUCGUCUUCCCAGAUUACGUGCUAGGGCCGAUGUUGGAAGAUUAUGCUGAUAUUUUGAAUAUCCAGAUCAGGGAUCAAGUUCCUUUCCGUGUUACUAAGGAAGAACCUGAUAUUGGUGGGAUUUCCCGUGCUUUCUAUCUGAGUCCAGAGGAAGUGAAGAGUAAUCUGAAGGAGAAGGGUAAGCUGCCUGGUUUUCAUCUGAGUUUCCUAGAGGCUAAGGCUAAAGAGCAGUCAGAAUUGGGGAAUUGGGAAGCUGUCUGUGCUCUGGUUGCGGCGAGCAUUUAUGGGAUCAUUUUGUUUCCCAACCAGAAGAACUUUGUGGAUAUCAAUGCCAUCCGCCUGUUUAUUCGAAGGAAUCCUAUCCCUACAUUGAUUGGAGAUGUCUAUUAUUCGGUUCAUAACCGGAAUGAGAAGAGGCGUGGGGGUUUGAUUCGAUGCUGCGCGCAGUUAUUGGUCAAGUGGUUUAUGGGUUACUUACCAUCCAAGGGUGCUUUUGUUCUUCUGGGCCAGAAUGUUACUUGGGCGACCAAACUGAUGGGCUUGAGGGCUAAGGACAUAGAUUGGACUCACAGUAGUGGAGUUGGACAGGACUUUAUCUGCAGUUGCAGGGGUUUUCCUAAUGUGCCGCUUAUAGGGGUUCAGGGUUGCAUCAAUUACAACCCGACACUUCUUAAGAGGCAAAUGGGAUUCGCUAUGGAGCUUCCACCGUACAAGAGUGAGAUUCAGGAAUCUGUGUACUUCCCGGUUGAGGGUAACCAGGAUAGGGUAAAGCAGGUAUCCGAUGCAUGGCGCAGCAUUCAGAGGAAGGGCAAGGCUUCCUGGGGUAGAGCUAACAACAGAUCUUUUCCUCCGUUCGAUGAUUGGCUCAGAAAGAGAGUGGAGCUUACUUGUCUACCAUUUCCUAUGGUCGAUCCGUGGUAUCCGUUGGUUGAGGAGACUCCUUCUACUGUUAGUAUGGAUGAGUUCUUAGAGAUGAAGCGGGAACGAGACCAGCUACUUGCAGAGAAGACGGAAUUGGAGAUGAGUGUUGCUCGGGUUCAGAGAGCUAAUCAGGAGCUCAAAGCGAAGAUGGAAGAUCAGGAUAAGCGGCAUGCUUUGGAGACCAAGCGAUUUGAGAUGGAUACAGCCUAUUAUGGGAAGAUCAGCCAAGCUUUAGCAUCGUCCAACCGGGAGCAUGACAUCACAAAGGAGAAGCUGUUCAGAGCAUCAAAGGUGAUUGAAGAUGAGAAGAGGAGGCAAAUCCUAGUCAGGGAUCAGAGAGAUGAGAGAGCCAGAGUCCUCGCUGCAGAGUGGGAAGCGGAAAAGGCAAAGAUCAGGGCCGAGAGAGAUCAUUACAUGGCAGAGAGAGACCACUACUUCAGGCAGAUGAAGAUUCAUCAGAAGGAAGUUGGAAGACUACAGCAGGAGAACAUAGAGCUCAGGUUCGCCGCAGAGUUCGCAAGGAUGGAAGGCGAGAUAAGGCCAUCUGCGGGACCCUCAUCCAGUUAGAUCUUUCUUUUGUUGUGAAUUACCGUCAGGCUUGUUGACGGAAUUCACUUGUCUGUAUUUCUUUCCUAUUCUGGAGGAUUGUAUCUGACCUUAUCGGGUUGAUGUAUGACUAUUGCACUGAUUGUGCACUCUUUUGGUUAUGUGAUGGCGAUUUUCAUUCA